AGGCGGCGAGAGUGUGCACGCGCAGAGGAGACGUCGUUUUUUAGUGACAAAUCUCAACCAACUAAAACAAAUCUGUUAACGCAGAUAUUUUCGUCGAGAGUUGAUUUUAAAUGAUUGACGACAAGAUUGGCUUGGGUUUCGUCCACAACUAAUAGCGAACCACCACUAAUUAUACAGGUGUGCGUUAUAGCACCUCAGCAUGGCUGUGGUCAUCCGUUUGCAGGGCCUCCCCAUUGUGGCUGGCACCAUGGACAUUCGCCAUUUCUUCUCCGGUCUGACAAUCCCGGAUGGUGGCGUGCAUAUUGUAGGGGGUGACCAUGGUGAAGCUUUUAUCGUGUUCGCAACAGAUGAAGAUGCAAGGCUUGGAAUGAUGCGCACAGGGGGAACAAUCAAAGGUUCCAAAGUGUCACUGUUACUUAGCAGCAAAACUGAGAUGCAAAACAUGAUUGAGUUGAGCCGCAGGCGUUUUGAAACUGGUAAUGCAGAUGGGGCUUCAGGAAAUAGUAACAGGUCAGGACCUCCCAAUGUUACUGGAGGAACUGAAAGGGGUAGCCUGCCAACCACUGCACAAGGUUUUAGUAAUACCACUUCAACUACAGCAACCACAGCUGUCUCUGUUAAUGAACCUGUAAGCAACAAAAGUGCUCCAACCUUUGCCUCUACAACCAUAGGCAACAUGCCUCCAAACUUUAAUAAUUUCAGCAGCCCAAAUCUUAGCAUGGGGUCCACCAUGACUACCGCCAUGUCCUCCUUAAGUACUGUACCUCCUCCAAUACCCCCCUUGCCUACGAUGCCAACCUUACCACCUAUGCCGCCCAUGCCAGUACCACCACCAGUGUCCACGUUACCCCCAGUACCAGCUGUAAACCCUUUAACCUCAGUGCCACCUGUCCCUCCCAUGGCUCACAUGCCACACCUAUCUGCACUCCCUCCUUUUAAUCCUGGUGUUCCCCCACCAGUUGGACCCGUGGCUGGUGGUCUUGCUGCCUCAGGACCACCUUUGUCUCUUGGAAACCCAAAUCCAAUGUUUCUUAACCCCCUAAACCCUCUAAAUCCACUCAAUCUCCAGGCUCAUUUGAAAUCAGCACUGAUGAACCCUGAUGAGUUGUACAUACAGGUUCAAGGCCUUCCUUACAAUACAUCUGAAAUUGAAAUUGGAGAAUUUUUCCAUGGAUUGGGGGUUGACUCUAUUCGGAUACUCAGAGAUGGUCUUGGCAGGAGCAGUGGCAGGGCCUUGGUUAAAUUUUUUACACCCCAAGAUUCCUUUGAAGCUCUUAAACGAAACACUGGUAUGAUAGGCCAAAGGUAUAUAGAAAUAUCUCCUUCUUCAGAAAGGCAAUGGAGAGAUACCCAGGGAUCAUGUGCAGAGCAGCUUAAAGUAGGUAGUGACUCGGAACAGAGUCGGCAUCAUCGUGGAAGCGCUACCUCUGCUUCCCCUUCUGGUCGAGAGCGUGCUAGGUCUCGGUCACCUCAUAAACAAGAGUACUGUGUGUAUUUAAAGGGGCUCCCGUAUGAAGCAGAAAAUAAACAGAUAUUUGAAUUUUUCAAAAACCUGGACAUUGUUGAAGACAGCAUUUACAUUGCAUAUGGACCCAAUGGCAGGGCAACAGGAGAGGGUUUUGUUGAGUUUAGAAAUGAAAUGGACUACAAAGUUGCUCUGGGAUGCCACAUGCAGUACAUGGGAAGUAGAUUUAUACAAGUGCACCCUAUUACAAAGAAAAAUAUGUUUGAAAAGAUUGAUGCAAUUCGCAAAAGAAUGCAGGGCUCCCAGGGGGAUCAUAAAGGUAGCUUAUCAGAGGGGGGAAAGGGUGCUCGAAUUUGUGCUCAUAUAACAAAUAUCCCCUAUAAUGUGUCCAAGAAAGAUGUACGCCUGUUUUUGGAUGGAAUUCAAUUGUUUGAAGACAGCCUCAAAGUACUAGUUGAUGGCAACGGAAAUGGCCUUGGCCAAGCUGUGGUGCAGUUUAAAUCUGAGGAGGAUGCCCAUAAAGCUGAACGAUUACAUAGGCAAAAGUUAAAUGGCAGGGAUGCGUUUGUCCACUUGGUUACAUAUGAGCAGAUGAAGGAGGUUGAGAGAAACCCUCCCCCACAGUCAAAGCGGGGACAAAAGGCUCAAAACAAUUCCCUUGCCCAUGCACAUGCCCAGGCCCAGGCCCAAGCUCAAGCUCAGGCCCAAGUGCAAGCCCAAAUCCAAGCUCAAGCACAACAUGCUUUCCCUGGAAUGACCGGGGAGGAGUUCAAUUUUCUCAGAAGUGCUGUGGGGAACCUUGGUAAUGGCCCUCCAUUUGUCAACCCAUUUGCUGCCCCAGGUAAUGGCUUAGCAGGCCCACCACCUCUGCCUCCAUUAGGUACAGCUUUGGGUGAUGUUUCACUUCCUGUUCCUCCUCCUAUUGUUGGGGGGCAUUUACCUGGGCCUGUCCUGGAGCCCCCUGGUUUCCGCCCUGGUGGCAGCAGUGCACCUCCUGGUUUUGUUGGAGCCCCAGAGAGCUUAAGGAGCAUGCCGUCAUUUGAUAAUGGAUCUUCAAGGAAAAGUGCAGGUCAAAACCGUGGUGGAAACCAAAGUCGUUCAGCAGGUUCUCAACCUGCCUUUGGUCCAUCCUCUGAAAAUCCAAGGGCAUCAACCACUGGUGGUGCAGGCAACCCACGGCCAACCAUUGUCAAGAUUCAAAAUAUGCCUUUUACUGUCACGGUUGAUGAAAUAUUAGAUUUCUUUUAUGGUUAUAAGGUGUUGCCUGGCUCUGUGUGUCUGCAAUUUAGUGAGAAGGGACUGCCUACAGGGGAGGCAAUGGUUGCAUUUGAUUCUCAUGAUGAAGCAAUGUCUGCUGUUAUGGACCUGAAUGAUAGGCCUAUUGGUGCAAGAAAAGUAAAAAUCACUAUGGGAUGAAGGUAAUCAUGACAAAAUAAAUGGACAUGCACUGAGCUUUUUAUAUUCACAGAGCUUAGAGUGGCAUAACAAUUUUUUUUCUCUUAUCAGAUGAUAUGCUAAAUUAACCAGUAAAGUAGAUCCAAGAGAAAAACAUAUGUUGACCCUUUUAAAGUGUGAUUGUGAAAGCGAACUGUUUAAGGGUUAUUGUUUCUUUGUCUAAAGUGCUUGAGAGUGGCGUCCAAUCGUGUGAGAGCUGAGGUUUUGUAGAAUUCAUAAAGAAGUGUAAGAACACUUAAUUGCUGCAUUUUGCAAGUGUAGGCUGUUGGCUGUGCUGCAGUGUCUUUAUUGGCUUCUCUUUCUCUAAUUCCCUGUGUUCAUAUUCUUUACCCAAAUGUAGUUUUUGACCAUUUGCACUACUACAUGUGCCGUAUGUUUUGUGGUUUAUGGUUUCUCAGAUGGGGUGUACACCUAAUGCUGCCAUGCUCGGUGUAUGUGCUCUUAAAUACAACUCUUAGGCUUCUGUUUAGUUCUAUUUUCAUAAUAGACAGUAAAUGCACGAAAAGUGUUUUCAGUUGAUGUUCCACUUUGAGUGCAAGGUCUUUAGGAUGAAUUUUACCUGUGAGAAACACAAGAUGAUGAAUGCGAUGACUUUAUUCACUAUAAUUGGAUAUGCAGCAUUGUUUAAUAAAUGCGGCAAUGUAAUGUUUUGUAAAUGAAAGCUUUACAUUCUUCCUUUUAACUGCUCUCCACCAUGUGUGUGUAUUUGCCCCUCUUUUUUGCUGUGAUAUAUGGUAGCGGUGUUUUUUUUUUUUGUUUGUUUGUUUUUUUUUUGUUUUGUUUUUGUUUGUUUGUUUUUUAAGAUGUCAGCUUUACAGUUAUUUUGGUGUUAAAGUUUAUUUGCUGUUGUACAUAUUUUUUCCAGCACAAGUAUUUUGUCAAUAAAAUGACAUUCCUGAAUUUUUGAAUUUGCAAGGUAUUGUAUUUUUUCUCCUGUCCCCCUUUCCCUGUUCCACUCUACAAAUAAUCAAUAAAGAUUGUUUUUCCUCUGCUGA